ACAUGAUAGCCAGGGAGAAUUCGGGGAGGAGAAAAGGUUUUUCUUUGCAGUCGUUCGUCAUAUGAUUAAAAGUCCAGCGCAAAACUGAAAAUGUUGCAGAUUUGCGUGAUUUUCUCGCUGUUUAUUGCAGCCAGCCAUGCAGCUGGCGAAUUCACGGUGCUGAACCGACCCAAGGCGAUCAGCUUCAAGGGCAACGACGCGCUGGAGAGCCACUACGUCGGCGAUGUGCUCUACGCUUCUCUUGGCAACGCUGUCGUCGGCGAUUCCAACUGGAACGGCCUGACCAUCAACGAUCCCUUCAACCUGGCCAAGGGCAUAAUCCUGGUCCAUGUCCAGGGCCUUGGCCAUGUGACCACCGCCGGAAACGUCAAGUCUUACGAGCUUACGGGAACCGGAACGGACACCUCCCUAAACGCCCUGGCCGCCGAACUGGAGGCUGCCAAUGAGCCCGUCUGCGAUAUCAACUUCGAGCAGUUCGACGAUGGUGUUCAAGCCUGGAAAUCCUGCUUUGGUGACUUUGAGGCUCCAGCUGCCAAGCCCACCAAGCACCUGAAUCCAUCUCUGCACUCCGCCGACAAGCAGUUCCUGCAGGAGGUUGGAUUCAUCAACGGUGCUGCCGAUCAUCUGGCCGAGAUGGCCAAGCCCUCAAAUGUCCUGCUGAUCCGUGUGUGCGUCGAUGGAGUGGUCAAGGCUCACGGUGAGAAGUCUGUAGCCGUGGAUGAGGCCAACAAGCUGCUGUCCGCCGCCAUCGGCCGCCUGCUGGCCGCUUCCCAGAAGUCCAGCGACUCGGUUCUGUUUGUGCAGACCACGGAGAAGGAUGUGGCAGUGUCGCGCGCCAAGCGUGAUGCUCUGGCUGCUUCCACUACCAAUCCCUUCAACCUGGCCGUCUACUACAACAGCGACUACCCGGUCAUCUUCAACAUCAUCCUCUGGUUCAUGGUCGUCUUCGGACUGUCGCUGCUGGCCAUCUGCUACGCCAUCGCUGCCAUGGAUCCCGGCAGGGACUCCAUUAUCUACCGCAUGACCUCCACCCGCAUCAAGAAGGAUAACUAAGCGAAGGAGGAGCUGAGGAGCGAGAGGAGCUUGCGUUACGCUUUGUUAUUUCGUCCCCUUUUUGAGUUGCAGGUUGCCAACUUCUACUUCAAUCCAACAGCGGAUAAAUUGUGUGUGUGUGUGCGUACAGCUGUCGCAGUAGUUGGUUUUAUUAUCUAUACAUAAGUAUUAACAAACUUAUCAGUUUUCGAUGCAGUUGCGGCUGAGCAACAAUUCCAUAGUAAUUUGUUACAUUUUCCUGUUUUGUUGUACUUUUUAGGUUUAUAUAUAUACGAAUAUGCACAACAUACUCGCCAAGUCAGUCAGUUCUUCAGACGAUUCAUCAUAUGUAAAUUAUCAAAAUGUGAAAUGUUAAAAAGUAACGUUAAAUAUAUAUAGCCUAAAAAGACAA